UCACACCUACUUCCAGACAGCGUAGGGUUGGGCAGUCAACCGAGGUCCUUGGAAAGCACAACAAAGCACUUGUUCACAGACACAGAACCGUCUCUGCGCGUGGGACGGGACGAAAGAGGGAGCCACCACAACUAAAGCAGGUCACUAAUAAACAGGUUCAUUUCGUUGCUGAGUUUAUUUCAACCUCUCUGGUCUACAUCUUGACGGAUACAAAGUAAACUCGCAAAACGACGGCGUUUUCGGUACUGCGUUAAGCGCCAACAACCGUCAGUUUUUUUAUUUUACUUUCAGGUCCCUGCCAUCUUUGAGAGAUGUUUGAGAAGCAGCGUUACGACAGCCCUCCCGUCUACAGUCCUCCAUACAGCCCGGAAUCCAAUGGCUACGGCCCCCCACAAAGCUACCACCCGCCCAGGAGUGAGUUUGACCCAUACCCACCCCCACCGGGCUCCUACUACAUGGAAGAGAAGCCCCAACACUUCUACAAGUGGAUCUCUCCUCCUGGCAUCGUCAAGGCCAUGUUUGGCACAAUCAUAGUGCUCUGUGUGGGGAUCUUUGCCUGUGUGGCCUCCACCCUUGUCUGGGACAUGCAGUACGGGAUGGGGGGGAUGGGCUCCUACGGCGGAGGGAUGGGCUACGGUGGCGGUUAUGGGGGAAUGGGAGGCGGCUAUGGCUCCAGCUACGGCUCUGGCUAUGGAGGAGGCUAUGGAGGAGGCUAUGGUAACUAUGGUAGCUCCUACCCGACACCUUACUCGGCCAAAACAACCAUGAUAGCUAUGGCGGCCAUCAACUUCUUUGUGGCGCUGGGAUUCUUCGUGGCCAGUUUCUCUAAAUCGACCACGUUCAGGAGCAGGAAGUUCUUCCUGGUGGUUCUGGUGGUCAGUGUCAUCAUGGCUGUCAUCCAGGGUAUCAUCACCAUUGUGUACGUCGUAGGGGUGAACCCUAUGGCACAGAGCUCUCAGAACAUGAUGUACAACCCUAUGCUGAUGAUGUGCCAGAACCUGUACGGAAGCAGCUAUUCUAAUAUGGGUGGAGUGGGGGGUUUCGGCAUGUAUAACCAGUACCUCUAUCACUACUGCUACGUGGACCCACAAGAGGGUGUAGCCAUGGUGUGUGGCUUCCUGGUUACCGCUGCCUUGGUCGUGGCUGCUUUCUUCUCCCACAAAACCAGAGGCAAGAUCUGGCGCUACGGCAAGCCAAACAUCUACUGGGAACAGCCCCCUGAGACUGGAGGACUAGUUUCUGAAGGCAGAGAUGUGAAGGACUGGGUGAACAAUGUAGAGGACGGACAAAGUACUCAGGGUGCACCUACCGUGGUGCUGUCAGAGAAGUCCGUCCCCCUCAACGCCUCAGCCAAUAGCAUCAUCUCCUACCCGACCAAGGCUGACAGCAGGGUGUACACUGGAGACGCCUACAAUGAUGACGUGUAUUCGGAGCAUCUGGCUAUCCUUCCCUCGGACCAGCCCUCCCAGGGGGCCAGUUCCAGCCCCUCUGAGGAGGCAGGGGGGGUCAGGAAGCCCUCUGCUAACAGGGGGAAGAGGCGCCGGCGCAACCCUGAGCUGGAUGAAUCACAGUACGAAACAGAGUACACCACUGGAGGAGAGACUGGCAACGAACUGGACCCAGAGGAGUGGGAGAGCGUCUACCCAGAGAUAACGUCAGACGGCCAGCGUCAAGAGUACAAGAGGGAGUUUGAUGCCGACCUGAGGGAGUACAAACAUCUGUGUGCUGAGAUGGAUGACAUCAGUGACCAGAUGAACAAACUCAGCAGGCAGCUGGACACACUGGAAGAGACCUCCGCCCAGUACCAGGUCGUGGCAGAGGAAUAUAAUCGACUGAAAGACCUUAAGAGGACACCAGACUACCAGGCUAAGAAGCUGGAGUGUCGCAAGUUGAGACACAAACUGUUCCAUAUCAAACGUGUGGUCAAGGCCUACGACAAGAGCCUUUCUUAAAGCCAAGCUCUGCCUCCAACCCUAUCCACCCCCUCUGUCGUCAUGACAACACCACACUCCUGGACUAAGAAUAUGCAGAACACUAAGAAUAUGCAAAGCACUAAGAUUAUGUAUAAUGUUGAAAACCAAAGCUCCCUUCUUGGCAUUUACACACACACACACACACACACAUUAAUGACAUGGUUAUGUGAUUCCUUCUGCCUCGAUUAAUUUCAGACCAGUUCUCUUCUCUAUGUGGAUUGCUUCACAGACACUAUCGUACACUGCGGGGUUGAAAGACUAUAUUUAUAAUACUUCACACGUAACACACAGCCCACUAGCACUGCCAUAUUCCUAACUGUGCCUAGUAAGUAACAUUGUUGUACAUGCUUGCCUUGAAACACGGCAGUCUAUUUGACUGACUGGGUGUGGUUAUAAAAGGUUACUUCAAUGUCGUUUCACCUGAGGUCGUCUGUGAUAGAGGCAUUGGGCCUUUGCUGGUUCCUGUUUGCAUUGUUUUAUCUCCACAGAUAAGGCAGUAUCGUAGAAAAGGGCAAGUCACAUUGCUGAGUAUGCACCAAACCUACUAGAACAAACCCGUGCUGUGUGCUUCAAGCACUCCACAAAAGAAAGCUAAAAUACCCGCUGUUUUCUCUAAAAAAAAGGACUGAAUUCCACCAUAUAUUAUGACAGUUGGAGGACCGGCAGUAUGUGAACACUCUCGGAGCUGCGUUCGUAAAUAAAUUCUGGUUAUCUACCCGGAUUUCAGAGCACUCUAGUCUUUGUGCCAGAGCGCAAAUAACUGACAUCAGAUGAACAUGACUGGUGUCAGUUAACGUCGGUAAAAAAUAAAGAAAAAAAAGCGUAAUUAAAUUGUUGCCAGCAGCACAGUUACAGUCACCAACGCACUAGGGUAACAUGAAAACAGCAUAACCAGCUCUGUCAGGGCGAGUCAAGUGGUCAGAGGGAGGUGUUCUCUCGUUUGUGUCUGGAAGUAGCUAGCAAGCUAGGCAACGUUAGUUUGGGAGCUUGACUGCCAUUGGGAGGUCAGAACGCACGGAACAACCGUAGUCCUCGGGCCACAGCGUCCAGUGCGCUUCUCUGAACGCUCCGACGAGAGCGAAACGCUCUGAAUAUACGAACUGACAACACCGCACUCUGAACGUACUCUGGCAUUCCAGAUUGAAUUUACGAACUGACACACUGACAACACCACACUCUGAACGUACUCUGGCAUUCCAGAUUGAAUUUACGAACUGACACACUGACAACACCACACUCUGAACGUACUCUGGCAUUACAGAUUGAAUUUACGAACUGACACACUGACAACACCACACUCUGAACGUACUCUGGCAUUCCAGAUUGAAUUUACGAACUGACACACUGACAACACCACACUCUGAACGUACUCUGGCAUUCCAGAUUGAAUUUACGAACUGACACUGACAACACCACACUCUGAACGUACUCUGGCAUUACAGAUUGAAUUUACGAACUGACACACUGACAACACCAUACUCUGAACGUACUCUGGCAUUCCAGAUUGAAUUUACGAACUGACACUGACAACACCACACUCUGAACGUACUCUGGCAUUACAGAUUGAAUUUACGAACUGACACACUGACAACACCACACUCUGAACGUACUCUGGCAUUACAGAUUGAAUUUACGAACUGACACUCUGACAACACCACACUCUGAACAUACUCGGCCAUUACAGAUUGAAUUUAGGAACUGACACUGUGUAUUGCCAUGACAACCUCAAUGUUGUGUUUGAGAAAAGUCGGGCUAUGUUUGCAACAUUGUCAGUGAAAUUACUAUUGUACUGUGUCUGCAGAUAAUUUUCAAUAUCACCAUCUAGACUUCUUCUAAAUCUGUUGUCCAUUGUGAUUAACUGUAUAUUUUGUAUAUAUUUUGGAGUUAAACAGGAUUUAAAUGGUGAAGUAUUUACUAAUAACACAGGAUCAAGAGGAACAAAACGCUUUUGUAUUUGUCCUAUGCAUUCUUCAUUUUAGGAGCCGUCUGUCUGAAUUCCUGCCACGUUCACGCGCCAGUCAGAACUAGGAAACGCUGACAUUUCCCACUUGCUAACUGGUUGAACGCGCCGCGGCACGUCUGUAACUUCAACCAGUCAGCAAGUCGGACAGUUUCCUAGUUCCGAUUAGUACAUGAACGCGGCAAUAUAGUGACAUUUUGGUCAAUUUGUACUUACUGAAGAGACAAAUGAACUGUUGUCCAGGGUGUUUUCUCAGUGGUCAUUCACAAUGCACUGAUGCUAUGCACAUAUUAAUUAACCAAUGACGGGGGCAGUAUUUUAUGAACAAUAUUUGUCUCAUGUGCUCUUUAAACACUGUGGGAAGCAUGCAUCAAUGUGGUAAAUGUAUCAAUAAGCUCAACUCGGUUUUGAUUUGAUUUCUCUGCUGUGAUAUAAUGAUUACCUGUUGAUUUAUUAUGUGUUGUUGUCACUGCUCUGCUAAUACACACCUUCUGCAAGGUAAUGCUUCUCAAUGUCAGUUAGAAAAUUAUUUACAGCUAUUUGGAUUAUUUGUUAUUCAUUUGUAUUUUCUAUGUUUGAAUUGAUGAGUUUUAUGGAGUACAGAUUUUUGUCUCCCCCCCCUCAUUUAUGAGUCUUAUUUUUAUAUGAAUUUAUUUCCUUUCAUGUUACUGUAAAAUCUCUUGUAAAAAAGCAUAAUUUCUAAAACGUGUUGAUUGCCAUGAAAAAUAAUAAACUUCUGUAACUCUUUAACAACGGUAAUGUAACAAA